GCUUUCUAACACAUCUCCAAUCUUAUCUUAUCUGCAUUGUUCACCUUAGUGUAAAUCAAUUCCACUUAGCUCGCUUAACAAUAUUGCAAUGGCAAGGAGCAAGGGAAAUCCCCAAGUCCUUAUUGUGAAGCACAUAGUCAGAACCCUCUGUAGGCUGGCCAGUUCCAUUAUGGUGGAUGGGUAUUCUCUUUCUUCAAAGAGCAGAAGACAUUUCAGCUCAAGAGAUGAAUUCUUGAACAGAUCGUGUGGUGGCCUCCCUGCUGAUGUGCCAAAGGGACACUGUGCAGUGUAUGUUGGUAGCGAACAAUCUAGGUAUAUUAUCCCCACAAAGUAUUUGAAUCAUUCUCUCUUCAGGGAAUUGCUAGAUAAGGCGGAGGAAGAGUAUGGUUUUGAUCACCAAAUGGGACUCACAAUUCCCUGUGAGGAGGUUGCUUUCCAGUAUCUGACAUCCAUUUUGGAGAAAAGAGUGUAUCACUAAGUGAUAUGAAGUGUAGGACCUCAUUGUUUUCCCCCCCUCAAGAGAAAUAGGCCUCAUUGUUUUCAGAUCUGCGGAGCACCAUGUCAGCCAAUGUUGCUUACACCUUAAAAUGAACCAUCAUGCCAAGAGCUGGUUGGGGGAAAAGCGGGGACUUGACAGGGAACAAGCCAGAUUGUCUACAAUGUUGGGCUGAUGCCCGGUUGAGGUCACCAGAAAGACAUUGUUGUACAUAAUCAGAAAUCGUUAAAAUGUAUACUUUUUUAGCAAGGUUAUAAAUCUAUCAACUCGUCAAUGAGCUGCAUAUUUUUCUUUGACACUCUGCUCUUAAAUUUUUGUUUAUAUAUCUCUAUAUGUAAUGGCCUUAAUUGUUCUGCCAUUUUGCAUACACUAAGGUUUCCUAAACAUUCAGUGAUGGAUAUGGCAAAGUUUCUUGUUUGUUUAUAUCUCCUUAGAUUGUCUCGGUGCAGAGAAGGGAGACUGAGACAGCUAGGAUAGAAAAAUAGAGAAGGUGAUCAUGAGGAGGAAGAGUUCAUAGAGAUGCAUGAGUCGUAGAAAAAGGUUGAAUGGAUAUCAGACAUGAAAUUUGACAACGAAGGGGAAAGGGGCAAAAUGCAGCGGUUAGAUUGAACGUAAUGUAGACAAAAAUGCACAUGGGGAGCUGUGUAGAGGAGCCAAUAAGCUAGAGGGCCCUUGAAUAGGCCAAUUAAGGUGAGGAUUGACUAGGCAGUGUGGUAAACAAAAAGUGAAGAGCUCACGUGAGGUUGACAGGGUAAUAUGACAAGGGAAAGAGAUAGUGUGUGAGCAACAAGACGAAGAAUAUGACUAUGAAUAGGGAAAGAACAAGUUCUUGUUUCUAAAGAAAAAUAAAGAUUUAUGAAUAAAAUGAUCAUUAAUGGUGUUGUUCAAA